GAGGUUACAAAGCUCAGAAUCCUCAGAACUCGACCUGCCCUGACAGCGUCUGAGCCACCAUGGGAACCCGAGGUGAUGUGUAUCCAUUGGGGCUCUGCAUCGCCCUGUGCCUGGGGGGCACCAUGGCCCAGAAUAACGGCACACAAGGUACCACUGAGAACUGCAACAGCCAUAUGCAAUGCCCAGCAAACGCCAAGUGUGUGAACAACACCCACUGCACCUGCCUGGAUGGAUACCAGUCACAUGGGAAUCGCUUCUUCACCAACCCAACUGAGAUCUGUGACGAUAUUAACGAGUGUCUGGGGCCGAGCCCGGCAGACUGCGGAUUCAACACACACUGCGCCAACGUAGCUGGGAGUUACUACUGCACCUGCAGCGAUGGCUACGAGCCCAGCUCUGGGAAAGCCAAGUUCAUGAACACGAGUGAGAACACCUGCCAGGACAUUGACGAGUGCCGGCAAAACGCCACAAUCUGUGAGCCCCACGGGAACUGCAUCAACAUGCCAGGGAGUUACAUGUGUAAAUGCAGUUGGGGAUUUGGGAAGAGUCAAAAGGAUCCGUCUCAGAUCUGCACAGACAUCGAGGAGUGCCGCAAGACCCCAGAUAUCUGUGGCCCCAAGGUCAUGUGUAUCAAUACCUACGGGAGCUACUGGUGUGAGUGCCGGGCUGGCUACAUCCCCUCCAACAGAAACACGACCCUGUGCGAAGGCCUGGGUCCUGUUUUGCAGAACCUCCUGGGCAGCUUCCAGGCACAGAUGGGACGUCUCUGCAAGGCGGCGCUGGAGGAGCUGAAGCAGAUGAACUCUCAGAACGCCAAAGGGAAGCUGCAGGGAUUCUUGGACAUUCUGGAGAAAAAGAUAAAUCUGGUCGGGCAGCAGAGCGAGAGUGUGGAGUGGAGACACCGGAUUGCGACGGAGCUGAUGGCCACAGUGGAGAAGCUGCUGAGAACACUGGGCCUGACCCUGCCUGACAGCGUGAUCAGCAUCACAUCCACCAACGGCAUAGAGCUGGGGCUGGUGGUCAGGCAGGCUGGGAACCAGAGCCAGGAGACCGUGACACUGCAGCAGAGCAAGACGCAGAUGGAAUUAAACUGGACCGGAGCCCCAGGGCAGGAAAAUGAAGGCUUCACGCUGGCCGGGCUGCUGACAUACCAGGGGAUGAGCCCCCUCCUGGACGGUGCUGGGCGGGUGGAGGCGCCCGAGUGGGACGAGAUUGGCCAGACGGGGAAGCGGGCGCAGGAGCCCGGGCGGCCCAGCUACCGUGUGCUGUCUCCAGUGGUGUCGGCCUUCAUCAGUGACCCGAACCCCCAGGCACUCGGCCUCUCCAUCAGCAUCCGCUUCAGCCAUCCGGUGCCGGAGUCCAAGACCGACCUGCGUCUCCUCUGUGCCUACUGGGAGCCUGACAGCAGGCGCUGGGCCUCCCACGGUUGCACCCUGCAGAAGUUAAAUGCCACCAUCACCCACUGCCAGUGCAACCACCUGACCAUCUUCGCCGUGCUCAUGGCCUUCUACGAGCUGGAGAAGAGUGACCCACUGACCAUCAUCAGAUAUGUCGGACUGACUCUGUCACUGCUGUGCCUCUUGCUCGCCAUCCUCACCUUCCUCCUCUGCUGCUCCAUCCGCAACGUCAGCACCUCCCUCCACCUGCAGCUCUGUCUCUGCCUCUUCUUGGCCGACCUGCUCUUCCUCACCCCAGUGACACGCACUGGCAGUAAGGUUGCAUGUGCUGUCAUUGCUGGGCUCGUGCACUACCUCUUCCUGGCCUGCUUCUCCUGGAUGUUGCUGGAGGGGCUGCACCUCUUCCUCACCGUCAGGAACCUGAAGGUCGUGAAUUACACCAGCGCCAGCUGGUUCAAGAAGAGAUUCAUGUACCCGUUCGGCUACGGAUUCCCAGCCCUGGUGGUGGCUAUUUCUGCAGCGGUGAAUCCUGAUGGCUACGGAACUUCCACACGCUGCUGGCUCAGCCUGGAGAGAGUCUUUCUUUGGAGCUUCCUGGGUCCAGUCUGUGCCAUAAUCCUGAUAAAUAUAACGUUCUUUGCCCUGACUCUGUGGAUCCUCAGAAAAACACUCUCCUCCCUCAAUGCAGAUAUGUCCACCCUCAGAGACCACAGGUUACUGACCUUUAAAGCCAUUGCCCAGUUUUUCAUUCUGGGCUUCACAUGGAUCCCUGGUCUCUUCCAAGUCAGCCCAGCAGCCACGGUCAUGGCGUAUUUAUUCACCGUCAACAGCCUGCAGGGACCCUUCAUCUUCCUGGUGCACUGUCUCCUCAAUCGCCAGGUAAUGCCCACGGCCCAUCAGCGCCCAGCACCUUCACCGGCCUCGCGGUGGCCAUCUCUGAUCUUCUCCGAGUUAGUUACAUAGUGGAGUGACCGUGUCCCUCACUCUCCAGGUGAGAGAGGAGUACAGGAGAUGGAUCAAGAGAUUCCGAACGUUCAGCACGAAAUCUCAGACAUCCGAUCUAUCCAUGUCUGCUGUCCCCACCACCAGCACCAAGACGGUGUAACCCGUCUGCCAGGAGGAGUCGGCAGCCACCAGGGCCGGGUUCAAUACCUAGGGGUUCCAGUACAAAACAGAACCGGCUGGAGCCCCCUGUGACGUUGCACUUCAUAUGCUUUAUGGAAAUAUGCUCAUGAAUAUGACAUAACUGGAAUAUGCUUUAUGCUAAAUACCCCUUGUGGGGUGUCUUUAGAAAGCUUGUAAUCUACUAAGUGUGUUCAUCCUAUUUGUUUGCAUGUGUUAUUUCUAUAUCUGGGGUUAGGAGAAUAAGAUAUAAACUUGUAUCACUGAUG